AUGAAUACAAGCGACAGCACGGCCUCUCAUACCAGUACGCCCAGCGGCAACGGCAAGGCCAAAUUCGAUCCCUCAACCCGUCGGGCUCGCAACACUGCACCUUCACCACUGGCCGACACAACGUCAACCUCUUCCACGGAUCCCAAGGGCAAGAAACGUGCUGCGCGUGAACCUUCUCCGUCCGUCGACGAAUCCACUCCCGCACCAAAGCGGACCAAGAAGUCUCGUUCAACCAAGGCCAAGUCCAAGGCUGCUCUGACAAAGAAGUCUAUGCCCAAGAAGUCGUCGACGAUGAAGAAGGGGGGCGCCUCCUCGGACAGAUCCAAGAAGGGCGACGGCUCCGCGAGGCAACUGCUUGACGAGCACAUGAAUGAGGACGAGUCCCGUUGGGACGAAGCUAGUGGCUCGCGUCGUCCUGGUCUUCUUGACGAUGACCACUUUGACGACGACGAGGAUAUGGAUCAUUCUGAUAACGACGACAAUGACGACGACGAGGACGAAGGAUUCGGUCUAGGAGGUCGCGGCGCCGCCGCUUACGAGCGUCUCGCGCGUUUCGCCGACAGCAAUUUGUUCGACGAGGCCACCGCUGCUGCUCUUUUCGGUGGCGAGUUCCGCGGCUUUGGCAGCAUCGGCAGCCUCAGCGGUAUCGGUGGUGUCGGCGGCAUGUUGUCGGGCCUUUCCAACCGGUUCAAGCGACUCAAGACCAACCUUCGCUCCCCCAAGGCUGCUGUCCGCCUGCAAGCUCUCCGCGAGUGCAGUGACCUUCUCCUAGUCAGCAACGAGGACACACUCGGCGCAGCGUUCUCUGUCAACUCGUUUGCCACCGAGUUCAUCGCCAUCCUCAACGGCAAGCCCAACAUUGACCCAAGCGCCCAGGACGAUGACUCCAAGAUGGACACGGACGUUCCAAUGGACGAGGACUCACAGCUUGCCGCUGCCCUCGCGAUGAGCACUGGCGGCUUCAUGCCCGGUGGCGAACAGGAGGACAUGGAGGCUCAGUUACUUGCGUGCCGCUGUCUCGCUCACCUCAUGGAGGCUCUCCCAGGGUCGGGCCACACGCUAGUCCACCUCGGCGCUGUCAAGGCCUUGUGCUCCAAGCUCAACGAGAUCUCGUACAUUGAGCUCGCGGAACAGACUCUAAGCACUAUGGAGAAGAUCUCCGUCGAGUACCCAGGGGCCAUUGUCCGUGAGGGUGGCUUGGGAGCGCUGCUCAACUUCCUCCCGUUCUUCUCAACCAACGUGCAGCGCACCGCCGUCACUGCGGCCGCCAACUGCUGUCGCAACGUUUCGAUAGACUACUUUGCUAUGGUCCGCGACGCCUUCCCCAUCCUCCGCGAGGUCCUGACGCAGUCGGACCAACGUCUUGUCGAGCAGGCCACCCUGGCUGUAGUUCGUUCGCUCGAGUCGUACCGCCACAGCGCAGAGAACCUCGAGGGUCUUCUCGACCUCGAGACGGUGGUGGCCAUCAACGCACUGCUCACGCCGUCUGGCGGCUCCCCCAUCAUCUCCGACUCGACGUACACGCACCUGCUCAAGGCGCUCUCGGCGGCCGCUCGUGCGUCAGCCAAUGUCACCAUCGCGUUCCUCGAAGCUGGAAUGACCAGCACGGUCCAUUACAUCUUGACAGGCAUCCUUCCCUCGUCGCACGAGGAUAGGGAGCAGGGUGAUGCCCCAGGCGGACAGAGUUUGGGAGGUGGCGUGGCCGACAUGGUCAUUAUGCAGAACCUCGCCCACCGCCCCAAGGACCAGGUUGAGGAGGCUCUUGGCCUCGUCUGCGAGCUCCUCCCUCCCAUGCCUCGCGACGGCGUUUUCGACUCGCGAGCCUACUCUGAAAAGAGUCUGGCCAAGAUCAAGCGGCGUGGCGGACGUCCUGAGCGUGAACGUCCUCGACGCCAGGCAAGCCAGAAGACGGGCGAGGCGUCCACCUCAUCAAGCGGGCCGAAUACCCCUUCGGCAGACCCCGCGGCCAGCGCGCAGGACUCGCCACUGUCUUCCUUAGCUGCGAUCAACCUCAAGACGAAGCGCGACGCCGAGGCCCAGUAUGAGCAGCGGCUUACGCUCCUCAAGUCACAGCCCGACCUGGUGUCCAAGUUUAUGCGCGCUCUUAUCCCUGUGCUCGUCGACGUGUACGCGGCGUCUGUCAGCCUUCGCGUCCGUACCAAGGCCCUCACCGGGAUUCUCAAAGCAACCGCGUUCGCCGAGCCUGAUGACCUGCAGCUUACGCUCACUUCGGUUCCAAUGUCGAGCUUCCUUGGCGCGAUCAUCUCAGCCAAAGACAAUGCUGCUUUCGUCCUUGGUGCGCUCCAGCUGGUCGAGCUGCUCGUCACCAAACUGCCCACCGUCUACCUCACGUCGUUCCUCCGUGAGGGUGUGGUCUACGAGAUUGAAUCUCUCGCCAAGGACGAGACAACCUCGGAGAAGACCGCCGCAGCAAAGGCCAACGAGACCCCGUCCGAGACCAAGGACGGAGCCGACGGAGCCAAAACACCGGUCAAGGCUAGUGAACCCUCCACACCGCAGGCCGGCCCAUCUGGAUUGUCGGCCACUCGGCCUGGCGACAUCCCCGGUGUUUUGUCCACGCUGAGGGGCGAUGUGGUUCCGCCUCCAAGUCAUCGCAAGUCUCCCAGCGUCGAUCCUAGCGAUGCGAACAUUGUCCGCGCGCGGAUUAUCGGCGCCAAGAACCUUUUUGUUGUCGACGGCAACAAGCAGGAUGAGGCGGCGCUGGUGCUGGACCAACUCCGCACGCUUGUCAACCGCCUCUGUGUUUCCGACGCGGACGAGGGAGAGCUCCGCGACACUCUGCGCGAGAUCGCUGGUCAAUUCACCAAUGUGGCCCAGUCUCUCUCCAGCUUCGAACUGCUAAAGAGCGGUCUGGUAGACGGCCUCUUACAGUACGUCGAUAUCGACGGAGCCGUGUCGUCCAGUGAGCGCCGAGCGAUGCUCUAUGACACGUUCUCCGACGGCACGUUUACUCCUUCCCCUCUUGCGACGCUCGUUAAGCGAUUGCACGAGUCCCUUGGCCGCCUCGAGUCGUUCGAGGUGGAGACGGCGUUCAACAGCUUGGGUGGGUCAUCCAACUCGCUUGCUCGUACGAUGCGUAUUAGACUUCAGGCCGAGGAGGGCGAGGACAUACCCAAGACCAUGAGCUCGCUCAGCGUCACAAUCCAGGCGAUCGCGCCAGUGAAGGCCUUGCACGACUACUUGAGGCCACGUAUCAACGAUCCUCAUACUCUGGGUGGUGCGUCGCCCUUGCAGAGCAUGUUCGCCGCCUAUGCUGUGGGUAGAGGUGUUGGAGCUGGAUCGUCCACCGAGCGGCUGCUGGCCGCUCUCGCUGCUGGUGCCCGCGGACCACCUGGGAUGUCUGGCAGUCGGCCUCUUCCUGGUGACGAUGCGGCUACGGCCCCAGAGUCCUCAUCCACGGCGACCCGGCCGCCUUCGACCACCACCACCGCGGCCAAGGAAGGGAAGGAAGCGAAGCCACAGCGCCGGCGCAGCGCUCGUCUAAGUGGCCAGAUUCCCUCGGAGGGACCUGGUGAAGGAGCCUCCUCUUCCAUUGCGGCUGCGGUUUCUGCUCUGUCGACGAGCAACUCGCAGCCGUCGAGCAGCGCCCCACGACCAAGCCUGCUUUCUCACAUGGCGAUGGACCUCGACUUUGACGACUUAUCCGAGGACGACUACUACGAUGCAGAGGUUUUCGAGGAAGAGAUGGAGGAGGAGCUAGCUGCUCGUCGGCCUACCGAGAAGGUUGUCAACAUGUCGGUGGCGCCUGAUGGGUCCCGCGUGGAGGCCAAGACUCCUGAUGGCACGCGCAUCGCCACACCCAACCAGGCGGCUGCCGAGAGCGGCGGGGCCGGCUCGUCAGCGACACCUACUCAAACGGGAUCGUAUGCUGGGGCCGUCAAAACGAUCCCCGUUGACUGGCAUCUCGAGUUCUCCGUCGACGGCCAGGCCUUGCGAAUCACAGACACGAUUUAUGGGGCCGUGCACAAGUACGCCAAGAAUUCUCCCACGCCUGGCAGCGCCUUCACCCUCCCAGUCACGUUCAAGUUCCGCAAGGUGGACGGCCCUCUACCCAAGGACGACGAACAGGAGGCAUCUCAUGAUGCCCCGUCACCUGCGACGACUGCGAGCGUGAUGCCCGAUAUUGUGGAAUCCGACUCGCAAGUGUCCAAGAUCCUCCGUCUGCUCCGGGUCGUUCACAAUCUUCGCACGGACGGUCGCAACGUGGUCGGCGGCCGUGUCCAGGCACUCGACGAGUCUCUCUUUGUCAACAACAAGCUCACCGCCAAGCUUACUCGCCAACUCGAAGAGACGAUGAUAAUCGCCAGCGGAUGUCUGCCAGACUGGGCCGAAGAGCUGCCCAAGUACUUUGCCUUCCUCUUUCCGUUUGAAGUGCGAUACGCGUUCUUGCGAUCGACAUCAUUCGGCUACGGGCGCCUCAUUGCGCACUGGCAGGCCUCCCAGCCUCGCAACACUAACAACAAUCGCCGUGACGAUGGCCUCGCACACGUCGCACGCUUAGGUCGCCAGAAAGUGCGCAUCUCCCGCUCUCAGCUGCUCGAGUCGUGCGUCAAGGUCCUCGAGUUAUAUGGCAAGGCCGACGGUAUCCUCGAGGUUGAGUAUUUUGACGAGAUCGGCACGGGUCUUGGGCCAACCCUCGAGUUUUACGCGAUGGCGUCCAAGGAGUUUGCGCGCCGGUCGCUCAAGCUCUGGCGUGACGAGGACGAGUCGCAGGAAGGGCUCCACGUGUGGCACCCACACGGCCUCUUCCCGGCUCCGCUCAAGUCGGACGAGCCGACGGGCGACAACCAGCGCCUCUCGUACUUCAAGACACUUGGAGUGUUUGUCGGUCGCGCGCUGCUGGACUCGCGCAUCAUUGAUCUCAACUUUAACCACGUCUUCCUCAAGAUGGUGCUAAGCGGGCCUGUCAAGAAGUCGAUUGCCACGCUCAAGCUGGUCGACGCGCCACUCGCACGCUCGCUUGAAGGGCUUCAGUCGUACCUGCAGGCGCGGCACGAGAUCGAGGAGCUGGCGGCACUUCCGCCGUCCACACGUCGCAGCAAGCUCGCAGCGCUCACCAUAGGUGGUGCCAAGCUGCACGACCUCUCCCUGGACUUUACGCUGCCGGGAUACGACAUCGAACUCAAGCUGGGCGGUCGCAGCAUCGACGUCGAGGACUCGAACCUUGCCAAGUACAUCGACCUCGUACUGGACCUGACCUUGGGUUCUGGUAUCAGCCGCCAAGUGCAAGCGUUCCGGGACGGCUUUUCAACCAUCUUCUCGGUGUCAGACCUGCAGAUCUUUUCGGCGGACGAGCUGGCGCUUCUCUGCGGCAAUGCGGAGGAGGACUGGUCGCAGGAGACUCUGGAGCAGGCUAUCAAAGCCGACCAUGGGUACAAUUCGGACAGUCGGGUUGUGCGUGACCUCAUCGACAUCAUGACUAGUUACUCGAAGGAAGAGCGUCGCGCCUUCCUGCAGUUUAUGACUGGCGCGCCCAAGCUCCCUCUUGGAGGAUUCAAGGGUCUCAACCCGCAGUUUACCGUUGUGCGCAAGCCUCAUGAGGCGCCUUUCAAGGCUGACGACUACCUCCCCUCUGUCAUGACAUGUGCGACGUAUCUGAAGCUGCCCAACUAUUCAACGCGGGCUGUUUUGGCUUCGCAGCUGAUGCGUUCGAUGAAGGAUGGGCAGGGUUCGUUCAACCUGUCCUAA